GACUCUUCGAAUUCACGCGAAUGCAGUUCGGUUAAUGCACCGCCACAAUCUAAAUGAAACCUACAAAAAAAAAAAAAAAAAAACAAAAGAGAAUGAUUAUUAAGCGAUUAAAGCAUUUUCUAUGCAAAUCGGAAUUAGAUUUUAGUUUGAGUGACAGAACAGCAACGAAAUUUUUUUCAGUGAGGGAUGGGUUACUAGGGAUUUAUUUUCGCGUUUCAGUUCAGUGGUGAUAGUCAGCUUCUGUCAAAGAUUUUAUAGCAUGGCGAGCGUAAUACCGUCCACAGUAUGAUUCUAUUUGUCGAUUUGAAUUGUAUAACGGCUAAAGUUUUCAAAUUUACGUUGUGUAAACUUAUCAUUUUCCAGUGUGAGUGGGCUACUGGAACAUAAGCGGGAACUGGUGCACUGAAGUGGUUAAAUGAGUUUAUCUAUUUACGGUAUUUGUGAAAUAAGGAGGCUCAACGGUUUUUGGAGUCAUGUCUACUUUCCGCACCAAAUGUAUCAUAUACAAAAGGUUUACAAGGCCGUUAGUUCAAAUUACUUUGAUGCAUUGUCAAUUUUGUAUGUUACGCAGUAUAUCAUCCACGGUUAAACAUAGUGUCAACGCUGACAUGAGUCCGAAGUCAAUAUAAGUCAAAUAGUCUGAUUCUUUUGUGCGAUGUUCUUUGCGCAUUACACUGUUAAAUGACCUUAGAGCCAUACCUUAAUCACUUUUUCUCAUUCCCAGGCAUCUUCAUAGAUCCGUCCAUAUGGCCAACGGUGCAGUCGAUCGUCAAUUCGCUGGACUACAACAUCUACCCGUUUCAGUCAUCCAACGAUCUACUGUACUCCAAGGCUGCCCAUCUUCUCUACGAACUACCGUGGUCCAAUCCGAACUCGUCAAUUGCAGUGCGAUCGGAAUCGGCCGAAACCUCCGACAAGUUCACCGCCAUCUGCCGGCAUGAGCAUCUUUUCUUGGAAAACUUCCCCAGCGACCACACCAUUUUCAUCAUCCUGGGGCUUACUCGAUCCGUGAGCUUUGCAACGAAUGGAACGUUGAUCGUUGUGUUGUCUGGUCGUGAUAUGCUUAUUGUAUUAGAUCUUCCUAACGAAUCUUACAUAAUCACUGAAAUGAUUAUGUAAUGAAAAUGAAAUCAACUUGCCAUGGACGGAAGAUAGAGAUCGCUACGGAUCAAACAUUUUAGCCAGUGAUGUCCUUUCAUCGGGUUCGGUAUUUUUGGAGUUAGUGGAGCUGUUGAACCUACACACAAAAGAAAAUUGUUCGGAAAUCGACCAAUCACUAUGUUCACAUCUGAAUGCCACUUUGGAUAAUUGGCAGUACUAUGCAAAGGUCCCAUCGCAGAAAAUCAUUUCGAUGCUCAAUUUAGAAAACUUUACGCAGUCAAUGACGUUCGAAAUGCGCCAAAAGUUUAGUUCAAAGGCAAAUAGUAGCGAAGAAAUAUUGGAUUUGAAGCCGAUAGCAAGCUCCAACAUGGUAACUAAUGUUACAACACUUUAUCAUCUGAAUGAGUACAAGCAUCAAUCCUCUGAAUCCCUGAAACUGGGAAACAUAUUCUUCUGUAGCAAGGAGUUCGAAAUUCGCCAUCCAGACUAUAUUGAACAUCGUCGCCCGAUCUACCAUGGAAAUGAUUACUACGAAAUGUAUUGGCAGGUCAAACAAGAAGCUUUAGUGGCAGCGGGACUUACCAUUGCCUCUCUUGGAAUUCUUUUUUGUCUAGCCAUUCUAAUUUUCUUGAUCGUUCGCGUCUGCAUGGAUGAUGUACUAGAAGGAAAUCCACUGAGCAGUAUACUGCUACUGAUAAGCUUGAUAUUCCAGUUUGCCUCAUUUCUCCCGUUUAGUCCCGAAUACACAGGUUAUAUGCCUGAUCUUCUACACAAAGCUGACACUAUCUACACGUGGAAUACUUUAUGUACUGUCAAGUUCUUUCUCUUAUCAGUAUGCUAUAGUACAAAAUUUUCGUUGCUGUUGUGUCGUGCGAUAAUGCUAGCGUCAAUCGGUAGCGAAGGAGGAUUCUUAUCGCACGUGAACGGCUAUCUGCAGAGCGUGAUUUGCAUUUUCAGUACCUUGGUCCAGUUGGGACUCUCUACGCAACUGGUUAUCGUCUUGCACGCAAGCUCACACAACAUUUCUUGUAACGAAAUUUACUACGGAAACUGGUUCUGGGCAACCAUUGCCUACGAUGGAAUACUCCUGGCAGCGUUGUUCGUCUUGUCGCCGUAUAUUUUUAGAUCUCAAAGAAACUACCGGGAAGGAAUGCUAUUAGUUACAGGAUCUAUUCUUUGCUUAGUGAUAUGAACAACACGGAUACCACCCUGUGUAUUUGGCUAUGAAUGGCGUGAAGCUGCUGUUUCCUUAGGGUUGGUAGCAACUGCUCUUGCCGUUCUGGUGGGAGUUAUGAUUCCAAGAUGUUUCCUAAUGGUUCGAAGCAUCGCUCGUUCCGAUCUUGUUCAAGCGCUUCCAUCGCUCACAUCACUAGCCUUUGCUCAAGCCAACCAAUACAUUUCCGAACAGAGUGUUUACGAGUGUGUAAAUUCGGCAAUGCGCCAACAGAGAUCCGCAACUGCGGAGACAUUUAUGGAGCACGAGAUCGAUGAACCGUACCGUAAUUUCGGGUGAAAUUGAUCAUUUUCCACGGUUUUUCUUGUCCGUUUUCUAUAAUGU